AUGACCGCAUACGAAAAAGCCACCCAAAUACAAACAACGCGAAUCGUCGCCGAUGCCUCGGACACCCGUCGCAUCAAGUCUACAUGCUUAUCCGGAUAUAAAUCUCUUAACAAUAUCCACCAGUCCUGCCUAUCAUCUCGAGGGCUAUGGUUCGACCACUUUACGCCGAAAAAGACAAUUUCCGCUACUACACCACAAUGCAGCACUCCGGCGACCCUGCGAGGCUGCAAGCUGGCCAAGACAGUCACUUCCAAUCAUAAAUUUGAUACACCAGACGGAUAUUUCAAGGAUGAACAAAUGGCAGUCGAGGAUAACUCCGACAAGGGACGUCUAUCAAAUCUGGGGAGCAGACGACCCCAAGCCUCUACACAAGUCACGAUAUUAAGGGCAGUGGGUACGCAAACGCCUGUGAUGUCUGACACUAGUCCUCAUGUACAAGUUUUGGGGCUAGAGGGGGAAAAUAGAGCGGCCAAGACGUCGGUGACAUUGCCCGUAAAUAUUCCCGAAAUAUUUAACGUCCCCGAUUGA